AUGGCCUCGAGAGUUCUUUCGCCUCACCAGGUCCAUAAUGCUGUUCCUCUUCUCGAACAGACUGAUUCUUUGAGUGACGAUCUGCUCUUGAAGAUCGGCGCGAUCUUGGUCAGGGCUAAAGAACAUCGGAACUGGGGCAUUGGCCGCAAACAUCGCCACCACGAGCUCAAGCCGAAGGAGUUGAUGGUCCAUGAGACGAAUGGACCAAGAGAUAUUUGUAGACCUGUCGAGUGGAACUCCACCAGCAAGCUUUAUCCUCAUUCAUGGCACUACACGAGCGGUGAUCAUCUCACGCCAUAUGAGUAUGGCACCCAGCCACAGCCAGACAUACCGCUACCGCUUGUCUCCGAGCUGUUGGGAGUUAUGAGAACCGAGUCGACUGUGGCUCUGAUACCAAUCGCGACGUCUUUGGAAGGGGGAGAUAAGAAGUGGGUUGAGACUGUGAGCUCCGAAGAUCGCAGCAUGACUUCAGACCUUGUUCCCCAAAGUCGGUGUGUCCCACAAUCUGAAACAGUGGGCUGGAUAUUCUUUCCUGCCGGUCAUGGAGCUGUGAAGGCAGUCGUCGUAAGGGAGUGCAAAAAGAACCCGGUGACAGGGUUUCACAAAGCCGAGUACACCUAA